AUGAGGCUGGAAGCCAAUUCGAUCGGAGUGUGGUCAUAUGUGGUCAUCGUUUCACUACUCUGCGACUCAAACGCAUUACUUAAGUUUAAGAACAUCAAGUGUACGUGCUACGAGAAGUCCUUUUGCGAACUAAAGCGUUGUGAACUGAAGGUCCUGGGCCGCGGCAUCAUUGGUCUUUAUCUGCAUGCCCAAACCCAUCAGCUGCCCAUUAAAUCUACGACGUGCAUUCUAUCCUUAUACCGAAAGUUCAAUGGAUACAGGCCGUUUCUCUACAAUAUUACCGUUGACGUUUGCAGUUUUCUCAAAAAUCGAAAACGCUAUCCAUUUUUUGAUUUAGUAUACGACGGCAUAAGAAACUUUACCAACGUCAAUCACUCCUGCCCAUUCAAUCAUGACAUAAUUGUGCACCGAAUGGUACUAAAUGACAAUAUGAUCGUUAGAGUGCCCGUGCCGAGUGGUUUUUACAAACUAAUGUUUGUCCUAAAAACAGAUGGCAUUUGGCGGGGCGAGGUUGAAGUUCACGUAGAGGUUAACCUGGGAUAUGAUCGUUAA